UAUAAGUGGGGGUCCCACCUAGGGUUGCACCUUCCUUUGAGCACCUCCCCAGCCCGCCAGCCUUUCCCGGGCCGCUUUCGACAGUUGCAAGGAUGGCGAUGACUGACGUGCUCAGCGCGGACGAUAUCAAGAAGGCGGUGGGAGCCUUUGCAGCUGUGGACUCUUUUAACCACAAGAAGUUCUUUGAAAUGGUGGGGCUGAAGAAGAAGAGCCAAGAUGAUGUGAAGAAAGUUUUCCACAUUCUGGACAAAGACCGAAGUGGCUUUAUUGAGGAGGAUGAACUAAAGUUUAUAUUGAAGGGCUUUCUUCCUGAAGGCAGGGACUUGUCUGAUAAAGAAACCAAGUUACUUUUGGCUGCUGGAGAUAAAGAUGGAGAUGGCAAAAUCGGUGUUGAUGAAUUCACAGCCAUGGUGGCUGAAUCAUAAAGGCUUUGGCCAGUCAGGACCCUUCAUCCACCCUUUGCUGCCUGAUUCCAACAGUUCUCUGCUGACCUCCACAGUUCCUCUUCUGUUUAUUUAUGUUGUUUUAUACUCCAACUCUGUUCUCUGCAGCCCUGUAACGCUGUAAUUGUGCUGAAAGAUGCUGUUAAAACAAUAAAGGUCACAUCAAUCCAUACUUCAUUCUCCCUGUCUUUCAGAUAUGCCUUGUUUUAUUUCAGUUUGCAAAGGACAAUGGAAAGAAAUGGAAUGGGACCCCGCUCCUCCUGCGCUCUAGUGCAACAGAGUGAAAGAGACUGAAAGCAUUUACCAAAAUUAUUUUAACAGGAAUACGCUGAUAGUAAAUAAUUUAAUCUCCUCUUCCUGCUUUAGGGCAUGACUGAUUUCCUCCUCCUCAAACUUUCCUGGAUAGAUGACAUGCAUCUGCUCUUAAGCCUUGACAAAUCUCUGGGGAGAGCAAUUACACAACUUCAUUCAGCAACCACUUUCUUUGAUUUAACAGCUCUGGAGGCUGUAAAACAUUCUCUAAUGGCUAACCUCAAAAUUUCCCCAAACCACUUUUUAAAUGUCCAAUAAAUCUUUCCAUAUAUAUCUGGCCCACUUUGUUGAUCAAACGCAAUGUGAUAUUUUGACAAAAAGCAAUGAAUUACACCAACCUGUGUCACUCA